UCACAUUUUUUAUGACUGUAUCUGAGUUUUUUUAUCCUCCUUCUCCAAUUUGCUUUAUAUGUACACAUAACCUCAAUUUCAAAAUUUCAAUUCAAAAUCAAAAUUAAAAAAGUGAUUCUUUCCAUUCUUUGUUUUCAGUUUUAUCUCUUCUUCCUCUUCUUCGGUUCUUCUCCUUCUUCACCUUCAGUUCCUCUUCCUUUUUUCUCCUAUGUUCACUGAUUCUGUUUUUGUAUAAUCUUUUUCUUCUUCUUCCUAAUUUAAGUUGGAGGUAGAGAUUAUAGAGUUCAUGUACGCACCAAGGCAAAGUUAAGGCGGUGGAUAAGAUUGUAACAGCUAUGGUGGUGGAUCAUAAUAUGACGGUGGUGUUGCAGUGGGUGUGGUAGAGUUUGUGGUGGUCAUCGAUGAUGUGGUGAUGGAUACGGAGGAGGCAACGGCGGAAGAGAGCAAAUCGAUGAAAAGUACUAAGUCGCGUGGCCACAAAGAUCACAACAGCGAUAUAAUAUUUUUAUAUUUUUCUUUAUCUUUCUAUCCAGGGAAGCAGAGAAAAAAAGUAGAGACACGACAGGGAGGAGCGAGAGAUGCAUACUGGCAUCGAAAACAAUGGGAUGAUUCCGAUGGCGAUAGACUACACGGAAGAGAAGUCACAGUUGCGGCACCAGAAGCGGCCAGCAACGGUCUUGGUGCAAUGAUUCUGUAUGCUCUGCUUAUAGUCUUCUUUGUCUGGUGUGGAGUUGUUGAUGCAGAAAAUCCAGAACCUCAUUGUUGUUGCCGGGAUUCUAUUUGCAUUUCGCUAAAAGAAUAUAAAAUAGGGAGAAAACUAUUACCAGAAUACAACUUGAGCAGUCAAUUUCUGUGAUGUUCAUUUGGACUCAGCCUCUAGACUUUUUAAGCAGUUUGUACUAUUAUUGGAGGAAUCCUUACGCAGGUAUUUUAUUCAACCAUAUUUCUUUUAAGUUUUCAUAAUAUCUCUAACGGACUAAUUUGAGUAUUCUUACAGUAUCAAGGCAAUAUUUGGGAAAAGAGAUCCUCUCAACAACUUUUUCUUUUUUGAUGCUUUUGAUGAGAAGGGAAUUAUAGGGAACAUUCCCAAUUUAAAUGCUAUGAUAAUUUAUGACUAAAGCACCACACUCUCUAAGAGUGAAAUGUUAACACUGUCUAGAAGAAAUAGACCCUUUUAACUGCACAAUGUUCUAGUUAUUGUUAGCUAUUAAUUUAUAUUUUUAGUUGCUAAUUUAUUUAGGCUAAUUUCAAUUUACUGUUAGAAUUUUCUUGCUGUAGUAGACACAAAUGAAACGAUUAUUUGUUGUGGGCAUUGGGCAAUCUAUAAACAUGUUUUUUUGAAGUAAUAAAAUCCGAUGGUUAAAGCCUUUUCUUUAUGGAGUACGGUAGUUGGUAAAUGUGAUGUAUAUGUUUUUAUAUAAAUCACAAACUCAAAUUUCAUUGUCACCUUCCUCCUGAUAUGGUACUCAUGUCAAUUUUU